AUGCGUACGAUUUACUCUUUUACUUCGCAUUAUCCAAGUUAUCAAAAACAUGAUACAACAGUAGUAUCAUCAACCACACUUAAAGUCAAAGGUAUCGGUCAAGUUGAGAUGCCACAAAAUAAGACUGUUAUCAUGGAUGUUGCAGAUUAUGUUAUUCCACCAUCGGAAAACAAUGGUAUGUUUGUUAUGACUAAUUUUGUUCGAACUAAUCAAAGACAAUCAACAUGUGCUGAAAAUAUAGAAUUGAAACAAGCAAUAUGUAAAAAUGACAGCAUAUGUUCAAAUCAAUCAUUUAUACCGACCAUGAAUGGACGGUGGACAGGUCGAUGUUUAUUUACACCAGAGAAAAAUAUCGUCUAUCAGACAAGAUCUGUGAUAACAAGUUCAAAGGGUUUAUGUGAAUAUGCAGGUUGGUGUCCACCGGAAGAUGGUGAGUCAUCGAUGAUGCUUGUUCAAGGAAUUCUUAAUUUUACAGUAUUUAUAAAAACUUUUCUUGAAUUUCCAUUAUUUGGAGUUAAAACCAAAAACAUGGUUGAUAAUUUGAAGCCAUGCAUUUUUGAUCCAAUUCACAAUAAAGAUUGUCCAAUAUAUACUAUUGAUUAUAUGCUAAAUCAGGCUGAAGAUAACAGUACUGAACGUGAUUUAAUGUUACGCUAUGGUGGUUUUAUAAAUAUAAAACUUCAUUGGGACUGUAAUUUGGAUCGAAAUAUAAAAUUAUGUAAACCUAAAUACACAUUUAGUCGUCUUGAUGCACCAUUUCAUGAAAAGCCAUUUUCAGUUGGGUUUAAUUUUCGUUAUAGUUCGACUUGGAAACAAAAUGAAGAACAUUUUCGUACAUUAACAAAGGCGUAUGGCCUUCGUUUUAAAGUUACUGUUAGUGGCAACGCUGGAAAAUUUAAUUUCAUUACGUUAACUUUAAAUAUUGGUUCUUUAAUUGGAAUAUUUGGUAUAGCGACAUUUGUUUCCGAUAUUAUUGUAUUGUAUAUAUCAAAAAAGUCAGGUGCUUAUCGUGAACACGUCUUUGAAAAACUUCAAUUGGAAACAAGUUUAGAUGAGACAAAAGACCAUUCAAAACUUUGUGUUAAAAAAAAUGAGGAUCAAUUGUUAAAUGACGCAUCAAAUACGGAUAGAUAA